AUGAGUGAUUUUGAAAAAGAAAAACGCAAAAGGAAGAGGAUAAAACUUGAGUGCUUGUCUUGUGGUAGUACAUUUGAUGACGACUACCGUCAAAAGCACGAAAAACAAGUGCACAACGGAGCAAAGGUUAAGGUGAAACACCAUGGAGCAGCAGAUAAUCCGUUCGUAUAUGCUCGGUUGAAUUUCGAACGAAAGAAAAAUGAAAAUAAUACAGACAUAAGUCCAAAAACAUCGGAAAAUGAAGUUGGUCAACUAUUAUCUGAAUCGUUUGAUCCAAAGUGCAAAAAAACUGAUAUUUUUGAUAAUUUAACGUGUUUUUCGGAAAAAAAAGACGAUACGAGUGAUACAACUAAAGAUGAAACGUGGGUUACUUGUGUAGGAAUUUUCGAGUCAUUACUCUGUUAUCUGAAGGUCUGCACUGAUCUAUUGAACAAAAUUAAAAAUGAUACAGUUCCUAAUCCUAUAGCUAAAGAACUUCCUUCUGAACAGCCUGAACCCAAUUUAUCUACAUUACCACAAGAUAAUAUUAUUGAUAAUUUAUUAGACCACGAUCCCGGAAAACGAGGAAAGAUUGAAUCAAGUUCUCAAAGAAAUUACUUAUUGAGUUUAGGACCUUUUCAACCAAAAUUGGUAAAAUUCCCCAUUAAUAUUGAUAUUUCUGAAAGUAAACAAAGACAAUUUUGUUCAAAUUGGUAUAAAGAGUAUCCAUACUUAGAAUAUAGUAUAUUUAAUGAUUCGGCUUAUUGUUAUAUUUGUGGUUUAUUUCCAAGUGGGCCUAAUCGAUCAUUUGCUGAUCCUGUGUGGUCAACAACUGGAAUAAGACAUUGGCAUAAAAUGAAAUCUCGCGGAACAAAAAAGCUGGGAAAGCUUGAACAACAUUUUACUUCGAAUGCUCAUAAAGCUGCAUUAAGCGACUAUAGUAAUUUUGUUUUGCAUUCUAACCACAUAGACAAUUUGUUAAAUAAAAAACACCGAGAAAACGCUAUACAUUUUUCAAAGCAAAAAGAAUAUCAUAAGGCUGUAAUAAGAAUUUUAUUUGACGUAUCCCGUACACUAGCUAGACAAGGACUAGCUUUUAGAGGCGAUGGUGACGAAAAAAAUGGAAAUUUUUAUCAGAUUGUUUUGCUCAUAUCACGUCACAAUUCAACUAUGAAAACAUGGUUAAAUGACUCUUCUUUUCGACGAUACCACUCAACCUAUUUAAGUCAUGACUCUCAGAAUGAAUUUAUACAUUUAUUAGCUAAAGAAACAAAAAAUAACAUAAUUGAAGAAGUUAAAGAAGCUGGCAUGUAUUCAAUCAUGGCUGAUACAACGCCUGAUUUAUCACAUAAAGAUCAAUUAAGUGUCUGCUUACGUUAUGUUAACUCGAAAGCUGAAGUUUGUGAACGUUUGAUUGCUAUUGAUGAAAUUGUCGAUAAAACUGGAAAAGGUAUAGCAAGUAAAAUAUCUGAUGUUUUGUCCCAAAAUUCACUUGAUUUGAAUAACAUUGCGUUCCAGUCGUACGAUUUUGCAAGUAGCAUGUCCGGUAAAAAUCUAGGUACACAAGCUAUGCUAUCAAGAAUCGUUGGACACAACAUACCUUUCAUACCUUGUCAAGCACAUCGUACAAAUACAUUUAUUGAACAUAGUUGUUCUGCUAGCACCACAAUUAGUCAUUUUUUUUCAGUAUUAGAAAGUCUAUAUGUCUUUUUUACUUCAAGUACUAAGCGUUAUUUUUAUUUAAACAAUAAAUUAUUGGAAGUAGAUAUCAAAUUAAAGUUACGUAAUUUAUCGAUGACACGGUGGACAGCACGUGCUGAAUCGAUUAAGGCUGUUUGGGUUUUAUUUGAAUAUAUACUAGACGUAUUGAAAGAAUUAAUUAAUGAUACAAACAUUGACAAUAAAACACGAGCUCAAGCAUUAGGUCUCGAAAAAAAAAUUGCUGAAAUAUUUGCUAAAAAACUUGACGUUGAUUCUAAUGCAGAUUUUAAUAAGUUUCACAGACAACGAAAUUUACCAAAAAAAAUUGACUGUAAUUCUUCUACACAAGCAAUAUUUAAUUUACAAACAUUUUAUAGAAAAGAAUUUAAAGAGGUAUUGGACAUGUUAAUUAAUGAAUCUGCUAAUAAUUUAAGAGAUUGUUUUAAAAUAGUUGAACCAAUAUUUAAAAUAUUAAGUAUACCAAUAAAAAGUGAUAUUAGAACUGAAGAUGUCGAAAAAGCUUGUGGAUUAUUUCCACCUUCAUAUGAAGCUUCAUUGGUUACUGACUACGAUGCUAUAUUAUGUCAAAUAAACAUACUUCGUCAUAAAACGGAACAUGAAAAUACAUUGGAGAAGGUUUUGAAUGUUUCUGAAUCUUUGAAAGCUCUUGUUCCUGUAGCAAAUUCACUAUGUCGAUUAAGUUUUACAGCCCCCGUGACAACAGCCUCUAACGAACGUUCGUUUAGUAAACUAAAAAUUAUUAAAAACCACCUUCGUACAACAAUGGCAGCAAAUAGACUUGAUGACCUCAUGAUUUUAAACUCGGCCAAAGAUAUCGUUGAUAACUUAAAUUUGGAAGAUCUUAUAGUCAAUUGGGCUGCAUUAAAAGAACGUAGAAUCAAAAUUUAA